AUGCACCACUGUCUCGAGCUUCCCGAAAUCGUCUUCAAGAUCGCUUCGCACGCCGCGGAGGGCGAUAACUAUCGCGGCGGCCUUGCGCGCCUCGCACGAACGUGCCAUCUCUUCUCUGAAGCCGCGUGCGAUCAGUUGUGGUGUUCUGUGCACGAGGGAAUACUGCUGCAACUUAUGCGGUGUCUUUUCGGGGGACAUGUGAGCGCCGGUAGCGAUUUCGGCCGGGCACAGCGCUGCCUGAGCCGCAUCAGACACCUACACCUGUCCUUCUCAACACCGAGGGCAGUCGAUAUGCUACUCUUGGCUACCUGGCUGGGCGGCCCGGCUUCGUUUCCGCGCCUAGAAAAGCUCGAUUGGCAGGACGUAGAUCAAGCAGAAGUUUCCGAGCUACUUGGCUCCGUCCUCUCAAGUUCACCCAGGCUCCGCACUCUACAUCUAAAAGUCGCGUCUGAGGCCGCCCUACGCCACAUCACUCCCAUCAUCGCCCAGAUCCCUCUGCGCCGACUGACGUUGAAGGCUCCAGAAGACACAGACUCGGAUGCCGAGGUGGUUUCGUCGCUGAUCCGCUCUGUUCCUCCUCACGACCUACAAUCAUUGGAGGUGGAUGGUCUACUGGAAUACACCUUUCGCUGGCUGACAACACCUUUCGCUGGCUGA